AUCCUAUAACCUCAAAGAUUGUAUUGAAUUGUGAAAUUCCUUUGAAGUUUUACCCUCCUUUUGAUUUCAAUUUUUUUAUCAUAAACUUUUAUGCUGCAACAUGAGUGAUAGUAUGGAGGAACUCUGCAUAUCCAAGAGCAUCAAAUUUUCAAGUGUAACAGCACUGUUAGAAAAGAUUCGUGAUAAAAAAUCAAUUGUAAUAAAGGAAAAAUUGAUCCGGAAGUUUCUUCAGGAAUUUCAAGAAUUUCUCGGGAAUCCUCAAAAUACUGAGAAGAAGCAAAAGACAAGCUUCUACCCUGUUCUUCGACUUCUUCUCCCUGAUUGUGAUCAUGAGCGGGGAUCCUAUGGCAUUAAGGAAGCCACACUUGGACGUCUCUAUGUACGAGGAUUGGGGAUUGACGGGAAGAGCACGGAAGCCAAAGCACUCCUUGGAGGACAUUCAAAUGCCAGAGAUUACGGAGAGUUGGUAUUCCAAGUGAUGCAAGCGCGAUCAAAGCAAACGUCGGAAAUUAGUGUUUUUGAGGUGAACAAGAGGCUGGAUUUGAUUGCAGAGCACUUCCAGAAUGGACAUUCCAAGAAAAUCGACGAUGUUUUCGUAAGUUUCAUCUCCGAAAUGACUGCUUGUGACCAGAAAUGGCUCACACGGAUAAUCCUGAAGCAUCUGGCCCUGGGUAUUGGGAAGGAUAAAAUUUUCAAAAUCCUCCAUCCUCAAGCACUGGCAAAGUACAAUAUGACAAAUAAAUUAUCAGAUGCGUGCAAUAUGAUGGAAUGUGAGGAGAAAGAUGAAAUUGUUCCACAGUCUUCCGGAAAGGACUUAAGCACAAUGAUUACACUAUUCAGUCCCAUAAAACCCAUGCUCCUGGCUCGUAUAUCUCUCAGUGCCCUAAGUGAGACCCUCAAACAGAAGGAAUAUUUUAUCGAGACCAAAAUGGAUGGGGAGAGAUUUCAUUUGCACCGUUCAGAUGGGCAGUACAGAUACUUUUCAAGAAAUGGUCAUGAUUACAGUGAGAAAUUCGGCAGAGACUUUGCAUCAGGAAGUCUCACGCCUUACAUUCACGGUCUCUUUGCAAAGGACAUUAAAAUAAUUUUAGACGGGGAAAUGAUGGUUUGGAACAGACAGGAUGAAUUUUUCUAUGCAAAAGGAGACAAUUAUGAUGUGAAAAACAUCCAUGCAAAUGAUCCCCUUCUCAAGCCAGUUUUUACCGUUUAUGACAUUCUCUGGCUCAAUGGGGAGAGUCUCCUCGAUAAGCCCUAUGCCGAGAGGAGGCGUCUCCUGCGGACGCUGGUCCGGGAAAAACCAGGAGCUCUCGUUUUGGGAACUAAUGAAAAAAUCGAGGAUUUUGAUCAUCUAAUUAAGUGUUUCAAUGAUGCAGUGGACAGAGCAGAAGAAGGUAUUGUUAUCAAGGAAGUAGGAUCACACUAUCGACCAGGCGUGAGGGCUAUUCAGGCUGGAUGGUUUAAGCUUAAACCAGAUUAUGUGGAAGGUGCGGUGACUGACCUGGAUUUGUUAAUUAUUGGCGGUUAUAGAGAUAGGAAGGGGUACAUUGAAUCGUAUCUCCUGGGUGUUUACACAAACGGACCCGGUGAGAGGUCAGAUCCAAUAUUUCACUCUGUGGGAAAGGUCAGUGCUAAAGGCUUAAAGUUUGAUGAGAGACGUAAAUUACAUGCAGACCUCGAGGCACACUGGAAGUCCGUGGAGAAGGAGAAAAACGGGCGAAGGGGCAAAGUUGAGGCACCACAAUGUCUCGAGUGGAAAAAUGCUGUGCCCGAUGUGUGGAUCGAGCCAUCCAAGUCGAUUGUGUUGGAGAUAAAGGCGACAGAAUUGACGAAAACAGACACUUAUCGUACCACCCAUGCUCUCAAAUUUCCCCGAAUUAUGGCUGUUCGUGGUGAUAAACCGUGGUAUGAUUCCUUCACAUUGGCGGAAUUUGAGCAAUUGUGUGGAAAGAGUGGUGGUAGAACAGGUGUGGAGAAGCUCGCAAAGCGCCACAUAACGCGAGAUGAUGCAAAGAAGAAGGUGCCAGUGAAGCGUCAGAAAAUCACAGAUUUGGGGAAUUUACGGAAGCUCCCUGAGCACAUCAAGCAAGUGUCGAAAAUCUUUGAAAAUUUGAGCUUUUGCGUACUCAGCACCCGGAAGAAUAUGCCAUCAAUUGAUGAAAUUCGUGAGAUGAUUUUGAAGCACAGUGGGCAAAUUGUGGAGAACCCCGGUCCAUCAACGUAUGCCAUUAUAGCGGGAGAUAUAACACUAAGUGUGCGCAAAUAUGCUGAGAAGAAAUUAUACAAUAUUGCCAAAGUUGAUUGGCUCGUGAGAUCAUUGGAGGGCACCGGAAUCCCAAAGAAAUUACCCAAAUUUCAUCCAAAAGAUAUGAUUUCAUGUACACCAGAGUUGGAGGAUUGUUUUACGAAAUCCUUCGAUGAGUACGGAGACUCCUUUAAGGAUCCCGUAACAUGUGAGAGCUUAAAGAAUUUAUUGGACGACAUGACAAUCGAUAGAAGCGAACGUUUGCUGCGAAGGGAACUAAUAAACAUUGAGAAGGAGAUUUAUGGGGAUAGUGGUGAUGGGAGAAAUAUCUUUCGACCCUUUGCCAUUCAUUUCUUCGACACCAAUCAAUGCCAUGAAACCAAAUUGGCUGAAAUCAUCUUUAAGUCACGCCAAGGAAAUGUGAUUGAUGAUUUUAUUUCCUCCAACAACUCUUGUAUCGCCAUAAAUCCACUCAGAUUGCCUCAAUUCAGGGAUCAAUUCGCAAAUUUAAUAAGCGAAAACCACCAACUCAUCUCAACUCAGUGGAUUCAUGCGUGUCAUUCCCAAGGAAAAAUUCUCCAGAUGACCGACUACCUCAUUUAGUUUAUUUUUUUUAUUAAUUUGUGCAAUAGAGAAGCUUCUACAACAAGCAGUAUAAACCCUCCAUGUGUACCGAAUGAUUUCUCUGAAGGAAAAUAAACUGUUGCAUUAUUGUAAAUUGGUAAA